AUUACGGUUGGGACAUAUUUGUGGAACUAUAAAGGGACAUAUUUUUAUCUGCAAGCCUUUUGCUUUUACUCAUUGGGAUAUGCUGCUUUUCUUUUGAGAUUUGACAUUGGAAUCUGAGGGUCCCUUUUUUGUAUGGAUAUAAGUACUGUGGAGUCUGUCGGUGGAAAAAAAAACGGAUAGAACAAUGACGCGGCGAGUACUGCUGUUUAUCUCGCUCCUUUCCCUCGAAUCAGUGUUCGGGCAGGUCAGCUACUCUAUUCCGGAGGAGAUGACGAAAGGCUCUUUAGUGGGCAAUAUAGCACAAGAUUUGGGUUUAGAUAUAAAACGUUUGAUAUCAGGCAAGGCUAAGAUCUAUACGAGGAAUAGCGAAGAGUACAUCGAGCUAAAUAGAGAAACAGGAGUCCUCCUCGUGAAACAGAGAGUCGACCGAGAGGUGCUGUGUACAGAAACGGCACUUUGUGCUUUACAUUUUCAGGUUAUUUUGGAAAAUCCUAUGGAGUUUUACAGUGUUAACGUCCAGGUGACAGAUAUAAAUGAUAAUGCACCAACCUUUGAAAAAAACGAAAUGAAAUUUAAAAUAAGCGAGUCCGCGGUGAUCGGGGCAAAAUUCGUGCUUGAAAGAGCUAUUGAUCUUGAUGUUGGAAAUAACGGUGUUCAAAGAUACGAAUUAAAACCAACUGAUAAUUUUGCUCUGAAAAUCCACAGUAACGCAGAUGGGAAUAAAAAUGUUGAGAUGGUGCUACAGAAGCCUUUAGACAGGGAGAAACAAGAGCAGAUAUCUCUCGUGUUAACGGCUGUAGAUGGAGGAGAGCCGCAGAUGUCAGGAACAAUGCUAAUUGUUAUUACAGUUUUAGACGCAAAUGAUAAUGCGCCCGUUUUUACACAGCCCACAUACAGGGCUGCAGUUACUGAAAACUCACCUAAAGGCACAGUUGUUACCACUGUUACAGCUUCAGAUGCAGAUCAGGGCUCAAACGGUAAGAUAACAUAUUCAAUCACAAAUAUGAUAGAAAAUGUCAGGAAAGCAUUUGAGGUGAAUAAAGAAAACGGGGAAGUUUCAUUGAUUGGAAAUAUUGACUUUGAAAAGUCAAGACAUUUUCAAAUUAAUUUACUUGCCAGUGACGAUGGAGGACUCACUGAUUCUUGUAAAUUAGUUGUCGAUGUGCAAGAUGUAAAUGACAACAAGCCUGAAAUUAACAUAAUGUCUAAGUCAAAUGUGAUAUCAGAGGAUGCCGUACUCAAUACAGUCGUUACAAUGAUAAAUAUUGAGGACUUAGACUCAGGAGAUAACGGAAACGUCGGAUGCUUAAUCCGCGAAAAUGUGCCAUUCACUUUAAAAACAUCAACCAACAAUUUCUAUAGUUUAGUGACAGAUAGUGAUCUGGACAGAGAGACAGCUUCUCAGUAUAAUAUAACAGUGACGUGCUCUGAUGAGGGAGUGCCCUCCCUCUCCAGCAGCGUCACUCUCACCUUACAGAUCUCUGAUGUGAAUGAUAAUGCGCCUGUCUUUGAGAGCAGCUCAUAUGAGGCCUACAUUUUAGAAAACAACACACCAGGCCUCUCUAUAUUCUCAGUGAGAGCCAGAGAUGCUGACUGGAACCAGAAUGCCCGUGUUUCUUACAGCCUGGAGGAUUCCACUGUUAACGGAGUGCCAGUCUCCUCAUAUGUGUCCAUUAGUGCUGAUAGUGGAGUCAUCCAUGCAGUGCGCUCUUUUGACUACGAGCAGAUCAAAGACUUCCACUUCUUGCUCAAAGCGCAGGACGGAGGCUCUCCUCCACUCAGUAGCAAUGUGACUGUGAAAAUAUUGAUCCAGGACCAGAACGACAAUCCUCCUCAGGUCCUGUACCCAGUCCAGACUGGUGGCUCUCUGGUGGCUGAGAUGGUUCCUCGUUCUGCAGAUGUGGGCUAUAUGGUCACUAAAGUGGUGGCUGUUGAUGUGGACUCUGGACAGAAUGCCUGGCUCUCCUAUAAACUGCAGAAAGCCACAGACAGGGCGCUGUUUGAAGUGGGCUUACAGAAUGGAGAAAUAAGGACUAUCCGCCAGGUGACUGAUAAAGAUGCUGUGAAACAAAGACUGACUGUUAUAGUGGAGGACAACGGGCAGCCCUCUCGUUCAGCUACAGUCACUGUUAACGUGGCAGUGGCCGACAGCUUCCCGGAAGUGCUGUCUGAGUUCACUGACUUUACACAGGACAAGGAGUACAAUGACAACCUGACUUUAUACUUAGUGCUGGCUCUGGCUGUAGUGUCCUUCCUCUUCAUCACGUGUUUAGUGGUUAUUAUAUCAGUGAAGAUCUACAGGUGGAGACAGUCUCGCACCCUCUAUCACUCCAAUCUCCCUGUGAUUCCAUAUUAUCCUCCACGUUACUCAGACACUUUGGGGACAGGGACUCUCCAACACGUGUACAAUUACGAGGUGUGCAGGACGACUGACUCCAGAAAGAGUGACUGUAAGCUCGGCAGAGCCGGUAGUCAGAACGUGCUGAUAAUGGACCCCAGUUCUACAGGGACGAUGCAGCGGAUACAGAGUGAAAAGAGCAUCCUGGAUGAACCUGACUCUCCUCUAGAGGUUAGUUAAAUAAUUGAGCUCAUCUACCGGGGUCUGUUUUUGUCUUUCAGUUCUUAGUUCCAUUAUUUGGGAACAGAUGCACGCUAUGUCUGCGUUUUCAGAACCAUGGACAGCAUCCUAUUACCUUAACACUCAAUCAGUGGUGGGCUGUUACUUUUUUCGACAUGCACCAUAUUAUGACUUGGCUCACAUGUGUGUUACGUGAACGGAAAACUCCCUAAUAGCUUUAAUUGCUUUAUCCUUUUUUGUAUUCAGACCUUGGUAAUAGCACAGAUUGUAUAGCUUUUAGGAGCAAAAUAUGGCUUUUUGUAGUUUUAAACACUUAACGUACAUAUCAAAGUUUCUCUCUAUUUCACUAUGUAGUUCUAUUGUAUAACAUUUAUUUAAAUAUUGAUAAUAGGGUAUAAUUUUAUCUGGAUUUAUAUUGGAGUCAGUAGUAUAGCUUUGGAGAAGUGUUGGUCUCAGUAUUUGCUUGACCUGCUGUUUUUAAUUUAAGAUAUUUAUAUUAAUUUUCGUUCAUAAUAGGUGAUAGAACACGUUUUUAUCGAUGGCUU